UAACCUUAUGUGUCAAGCCCUCCUCCCACUCUCUAACGUUGUUCUUGUUCUUAUUUUGAUACGUUUAAUAUUUCUUAAGGCCGUAUCCAGACUGAAUCGAUAAGCGUCUUUGUGAUGUCAUGUCAUGUUGUUAAAUAAAGGUCUCCGAAAAACAGGAUGAUGACGUAAUCAACACGCGCCCGCUGCUGCAUCCAACUUCGUUUUUUGUUUUUGUUUUUUUUUAACUAGCUAUUAUGAUUAUUUGUACACUUGUUACACAAGAUAUUAUCUAGUAUGUGUUCAUAUGUAUCCAAUAAUAUCCUCACACCACAUUCGGCUGGCUAAAUCAUUAAUACGCGUCUAUUUUCUGUAGACUUGAGUGUUAAGCCGACCACACCGACCGGGGAUAUGGCGUCCUUUGGCUGGAAGAGGAAAGCGGGCGAGAGGGUGUCCAAGUCGGCGGCGCGGCACUUCGAGGAGGCCGACCGGGAGCGGAACGACGCCGACGGGCAGGUGGACUGGCAGCAGGCCGUCAAACGCCGCCGGGAGACCCUGCUGGGGGACUGCGCCGCCGAGAGCCAGCGGCUGAAGGAGGAGGGCACCGCGCUGGCCGAGCAAAACAGGCACAGGGAGGCCGUUAAGAAGUGGGAUGAGGCCAUUCAGCUGACUCCGGACGACCCGCUGCUGCACGAGAUGAAGGCCCAGGUAAACUGGAGACCUUGCCGGAAGCCGCAGUGUACGGUCCCAAUUUACCGUCACGUCACAACACUCUUGUUCUUCCAGGUGCUGACGACGCUGCAGGAGGUCUUCCCCGCCGUCGAGGCGGCCGAGACGGCGGUGAAGCUGCGGAGCGUGUGGUGGGAGGGCUGGCAGACUCUGGGCCGCGCCCAGCUGAGCAUGGGCGAGGUCGACCUGGCGCUGAGGUCCUUCCAGGUGGCCGUCCACUUGCGCCCGUGGGAGCGCGCCCUGCGGCAGGACGACCUGGCGUGGGCGCGCGCGCUGCGCCGGCAGAAGGAGGCCGCGGGAGAGAACCUCCGCCGCAGGGAGGAGGACGAUCGGCCGCGGCUCUCGGACGUCCCGGAGCUCCGCGGGGACUUCGACUUCGAGUCGGACGAGGUGGUGGCGGCGUGCGAGGCCGUCGCUCGGCGCCUGGCGCCGCCGGCCGCGGGGAACGUGCUGGCAUCCGGGGAGGGAGCGUCGGGCGACGCGGCGGAGCCCUCGCUGGAAAAUGUUGUCAAAGUGAGAAGACUGUGAACAGCGCCCAAGCGAUCGCAUUUGAGCGAGGAUCAAUCCAUUUGAAGCCACUCUCCAGCUUGUCUUGGAUCAAUAAUUGCCAUCACCCGUGACGGUCAAAAUCGCUCCUCAAGGCCGAAGAGUCAUCGGGGUUAUUUACGCUGACCGACAAACACGAUCAAAUCACUUGACUGCUUACGUAAAGUCAUUCACUGCCGUGGAUGUUCGCAGGUAAAUCUCAAUAGCAUUUGAAUGUGGUAGAAAAGCCCGUAUAUUUCAAUAGUCAUACAUGAUAUAGAUUGAAUAAACACUGGGGAAAAUUCCUGCAAAUU